UGAUUUUUCUUUUCCAUUUCAGAACUAUUUCUUCGAAACGAAUCUCAGUGGUGUUGAUAUGGAUUACACUGAUGCAAAGCUCUGGAUUUAUUGUCCUGAGGACAAGUACAUCCUGACAUCAGUUCACUUUUACGAUCUAAGUGGACCAGAUCCCAACAAUAAACACCGUUUUGAGUUUUUGGCGAAACAACGGGUAGAGCUCAGCCCUGGUACCUUCACUCUCUGCAUCGGCGUUCACACCGGAAAAGACCCCAUACGUGUAAUCAAGGGCAAUAAGAACGAAAACCUCGGGAAGCCUCCAAGAUCGCAGGUCACAAUCACAAUACAGGUGACCAUCAGCAGGGUCAUCUUCGUCACCAACUACGACACGGUGGUUUCGAUAGCCGAUACUAGCGGCGGCAUGCCUGAAUUUUCAAACAACUUCAUAAUGAAACGGAUCGUGCACGAGUUAAACUACUGACUUCAAUGCUUCAGUGUUUCUUCAAUGGACUUACUAGCAGCUCAGAUAUUUUCAAUAAACACUUCAUUGCACGUCAAUAUGCAUUUCCUACCCCUACACCAACAUAAUAAACUUGUAUCAACGACCUGAAAAAUGUGUUGUCCUUGUGAUCA